GCAUUAGUUCUCCCAGUAAAUCCAAUCAUGGCAUCCCCAGUAGUCAGCCUGCUUCUCGUCGGGAUCUGCGCCCUGGCCUUUGUCCAUGUGGCUCGGUCGGAAUGCUGCACCUCCCGGGAGCUGGUGGAAUUCAAGAUGGACAGAGGCGACUGCGAGGCUGUGCGUGCAAUCGAAAACUAUCCCAACGGCUGCGAAGUGACGAUCUGCGCCGAUGGUGUUGCCCAGUUGGGCGCCUACUGCGGCCAGGGAUCGUGCAACAUCUUCGGCUGCAACUGCGACGGCGGCUGUCUGAGCGGCGAUUGGUCACAGGAAUUUGUGAGGAGGAACCAGCAGUACGGAAUCCAGAUCAUCAAAGUCACCAGGCUGCCAUUUUAACCCCUUGCAUCACAUAAACAAUAAAGAGAAGCUUUAAUUGC